GACGACCGACAACUGCCCGCCGCCUAAUCUGGUGAAGAAUGGUUCGGCGUCGGCGCACAACGACCCACAACUCAAGAAUGAAUACAGCCAUGUCAGAGAAGUGAAGUUUUUAGGUUCGGUUGGUCCGAUGGGUGAGCGACGCCUGUGUAAAAUCAAAUGCAUCGCCGGGCAAUGGGUAGGACCAUUGUGUGUUGAUCAGCAAGACAAUGGCAAAUUCCAUCCGCUCUUCCGAAGUUGCAAACUCGAAUACAUCAGCCCGCACUUACUGGUUACCUUCAGGAAUGUAACGAUACACACGGCCGGCUGGGUACUGCCCCACGGGGCGAAACUUCAGACACGCUGCAAGGAGCUCGGCAUGUACAAGCUGCUCGGCGCUGCAAGCCCCCAGUGUCAGAAUGGAGAGUGGUCCUCGAAGUUGCCCUCCUGUGUGCCCACCACUCUAAUCACCAACUUUACAGAAGAUGCACCACCAACGAUACUUAUCCGGAUACCGUCCGGCUCAGCAUCGAUUGAACCCGGAGGUGAGCUCGCAGUGUUUCCGGGAUCUACUUUGCAUCUCGAAUGUCUCUUCUCUCGUCGUCUGGGAUCACCGGAUUGGACAUGGACCGCGCAACUUGGCCAAUAUUUAACAGGUUGGGCUAUUGCUGCAGAAGAAAGAGAUUGGAAAUAUCGUUUAUCCGUAUACUACGCUAAACCGCAGGAUGCAGGUACAUUUACCUGCGCUACACCUAGAGGCAUCACAAAUGGUAUUACUCUACAUGUUGCAGCUGUGCACUGUGAACCAAUCUCCGUGUCCGGAAUGCAUCUCACAGUGAGGAUUGAAGGAACCAGAUUAGGCCACACUGCUGUUUUUCAGUGUCCUGUGGGAUUUAAAAUCAAAGGACACGCAAAUAUUACCUGUCAAGCUUCGGGUAAAUGGUCCGAUGCUGUACCAACAUGUGAGGUAGUAAUGUGUCCAGCUUUGGAUGGCAUCGACGGUCUUACCGAGCCUCAUCUGCAGCUAGAAGAACACAACGCUACCUAUGGGGGUCGUGUAGUAUUUGGGUGCGCGUGGGGAUAUCGCCUGAUGGGCCCGCCGGGGCUGGAGUGCGAGUUGGACGGCAACUGGAGUGGACCGCUGCCGAAAUGUGCACCUAUACAAUGCCCACCGCCUAUUAUCCCAGUCAAUGGUCACCUGAUACAAUCAGAAUCGGCUGGAAUGGACGGAGGGAGAUAUGCAGUUGGUAGUCUGGUACAAUUUGCUUGCCGUGGAGCUCAUAGUUUAGAAGGAGAAGCCAGUAUCAUCUGCACUGAGUCUGGUUAUUGGUCGCACCCGCCGCCAUUCUGCAAACCUCGAUGUCCCUACUUGGGUGAACCCGAUAAUGGCGUCAUGGCGCCCACUAAGUUCGCCUACGAGCCGGGCGACGAAUUGCAAAUCACGUGCAACCCUGGUUAUGAAGCGCCCUUGGAGGCUGAACGGCCCAAGUGCUUGGCCGAUGGAGAAUGGUCCGUUCCGCUACCGCACUGUACACUCUACUCGCAGAUUUGAGAUUUGUCCACGACGGAAGUGGAAGUUGAACCCGAUUCUACCACAACCGAAGCAACUGAAUACAUUGAACAGUAUGAAGUGAUGGGGAAUGACACGUAUAACGCGACUAGUAUUUUUGAUGAGUACGAAUUGAACGAUUCAAUGAUUUAAAACAGAAAUGAGUCUAUCAUAUCAAUUUCUUCUAAUAUGAAGAAAUGACAUCGAUUUGCAGUGAAAAUAAAGUUAUCAAUAAUAAAAAGACAUAAAAUUAAGAGUAAACAAAGAAUAGACGUUGUCAACAUCGAAUUUUAACAAAAUAGAAUACAAUAAACAUGUGUAUAUAACAUUUUAACAUAUUACAAAAUAUUGGUAAUAAAAUGGCAUCAAAACAAAGUUGAUAAAUCAGAGGUUAGCUAUAGGCAACCUAAUAUACACGCAAAACAAAGAAAAUUCAAGUAUAUUGGUAAAUUAAUAAAAUAAAUAAGAUAAAGUAAAAGAAUAUAUAAUUAAAACAUCAAAACAAGGCGUAAUGCAAACAUGUAAAUACUAAUUAAGAGAUGACAAUGUUAAAAGUCAAAAUAUGUGUCUAGUCAAGUCACAAACUAAAAUUAAAUUGUAAAAUAAGCAGAUUUAUGCAAAAGCAAACAUCUAUUCACAUAUAAAAAGACAAAAUUCUUGAAUAAUACAAAUUAUACUUAUUAACAACAUUGUUAAUGGAUGUAAGCACAGAAAAACGAAUGUUAAGUCAAAACAAAAGUGUAGUCAAUAUUUAUAUACAGUUUAAUGUGUUUUCAAUGAGUGUACAUAAAUUAUACAAAAAUAAUUAAUAAACAUUUAUAUAAUAAAUAUAAUCAACUUUCA